GUUUUUAUUGAUCUAGCGGCACAACAAGCGCAACAGCCAUCCUGGGUUCGAGAGUGCGGUAGCGUCGGUCUCUGAGGCAAGCGAUGGCGGACAUGGCGGACGAAGUUUUGGCUGUGGUGAACGAAACGCUCGCCGAGGGCGUCAAAAAUGAGACUGUCAAGUACCAGCCGACACCCGCCGGCAUGGCCGUGGCCUACGUCAGCAUCAUGCUCAUGGCCUUCUUCCCCAUCAUCUUCGGAUCCUUCAAAUCCGUCACACAUCAGAAGAAACAAAAGGAGUCUGGCGAAAAGCCGGAGACAAUGACGCGGAAGGAUGCGGCCAUGUUUCCCGUCAUCGCCAGUGGGGCCCUCUUUGGCCUGUACAUCUUCUUCAAGCUCUUUUCUAAAGAGUACAUCAACCUGCUCCUCACCGGUUAUUUCUUCCUUUUGGGAGUCCUUGCACUGGCACACAUUCUCAGCCCGUCGUUCAGCCGCGUGAUGCGGUGUCUGCUGCCAGCGCACUUCUACGCCUGGGAGUACAGGAUCUCGUUCCAGCGGUGGUCGACCGUUCAGAAGCAGGACGGCCAGAGCGGGGAGUCAAACCAAGGCGACGACUGCGAAGAGUACUUUGACUACCGCUUCAACUACGACGACAUUGCGUGCUGGGUCUUCUGCAGCGUGUUUGGGGUCUGGUACCUCUGGAAAAAGCACUGGGUGGCCAACAACCUGUUUGGCCUUGCGUUUGCCAUCAACGGUGUGGAGCUGCUGCACAUCAACACCGUGGCCACGGGCUGUAUUCUCCUAGGAGGCCUCUUCUUCUACGACGUCUUCUGGGUGUUUGGCACCGAUGUCAUGGUGACUGUGGCCAAGUCGUUCGAGGCACCCAUUAAAUUGGUGUUCCCUCAAGACUUCCUGGAGAGGGGCUUCGAAGGAAACCACUUCGCCAUGCUCGGCCUCGGCGACAUCGUCAUUCCGGGGAUCUUCAUCGCCCUCUUACUGCGGUUUGACUUCAGCCUGAACCGCAAGAGGAACGUCUACUUUGUGAGCAGCUUCCUGGCAUACGUCGGAGGCCUGGCACUCACCAUCUUCGUGAUGAUGUACUUCAAUCAUGCGCAGCCUGCUCUUUUGUACCUGGUGCCAGCGUGCGUGGGCGUGCCCUUAGUGGUGGCACUCGUUUUGGGCGACAUCACAACCAUGUUCAAGUACGAAGAUCACCCUGCCGUGGAGAAGAGUUCAGCAGACGACGGUCAGGAGACGAGACGGGAAGAAGACUCUUCGGGCAAGGCGGCCAGCAAGAAAGACAAAUGAGGAACGUGUGGAUGAGCCGCCGAACGACUAAAUUUAUCUCGUUUUGAUACACUUUAAAAGACUCUAGGGGUUUUUUCGUGGUCAGAGCCCAUCAAUUCGUGUGCUCCGCUUAACCUUACGAUGGAUGGCAGCGGAUGUUGUGAGCCAUCCCGGUUAAUCUCACGCUGCGGGCGUGACACGUGACCGCACGCAUGGCAUUAGACUAGCUCCGCUGCGGUCCUUCGUGAAGUGGUACGGAGCAUAGUCAUGGUAUGGGGCUGACCGUCUUACGAAAAGGAGGACUUGGCGAUUUGUACGUACAUCAGUAUUUGAGACCAUUUGCAACUGUGAUGCUGUUGUUAUUAUUUUUUUUUUAAUUUCACAUGCAGCAAUUGUUUGCUCCUUCAUUAUCUGUCUUAAGAUUUCUUUUUUUUUUUAAUUGUCUGGAAUCCUGAGGAGUAUGGUUACGAAGAAUUUACAGCUUCUUUUUUUACGAUGACGGCCUUUGAGAAAAAAUGGCAUUCUCGCAUUCUUUUUUUUUUUUUUGCAAUAAAAAAUGAAACAAGUUA